CUCUCCCGGGGAAGAUGGCGGAUCGGGCGGAGAUGUUUUCCCUGUCCACCUUCCACUCGCUGUCGCCGCCCGGCUGCAGGCCUCCCCAGGACAUCAGCCUGGAAGAGUUUGACGAUGAGGAUCUGUCUGAGAUCACUGACGACUGUGGCCUGGGCCUCAGCUACGACUCGGACCACUGUGAAAAGGACAGCCUCUCGCUGGGGCGCACGGAGCAGCCCCAUCCCAUCUGCUCCUUCCAGGACGACUUCCAAGAGUUUGAGAUGAUCGAUGACAACGAAGAAGAGGAGGAGGAGGACGAAGAGGAGGAGGAGGAGGACGACGAGGAGGGCGUCAGAGAGGGCAAGGAGGGAGGUGGCCCUGGCUCCGAGGCUCUUCACCCUGAGCCACUGAUCCCCUCCCCUUCGCUGGAGGAACCCCACAAGCACCGGCCCAGCACUCUCCACCUGACCACACUGGGAGCCCAGGACUCCCUGAACAACAAUGGCGGCUUCGCCCCUGCAGCCCCAGCCUCCUGGCAGGAGACUGUGCCAUGUUCGCCUCCCCAGGAGCCCCUCAGAGAGCUCCCCGGCCCCCUCCUGCCCACCGCUGCGGGGCCCUGUGAGGCGCAGGCACCGCUGCCCCCAGAGUGCGACUGUGAGGGGAACCGGCCGCUGGAGCCCCCGGCGCCCGGCGGGGCCUCGCCCGCCUCGGAUCCCGGCAUCGAGGCCGACCUGAGAAGCCGCUCCAGCGGGGGCCCUGGGGGACGGCGCAGCAGCCAGGAGUUGUCAUCACCGGGCUCGGAUUCCGACGAAGCCGGCGCCGCGCGGCUGGGGCGCAUGAUCUCGUCCAUCUCGGAGACGGAGCUGGAGCUGAGCAGCGACGGGGGCAGCAGCAGUGGCCGCUCCUCCCACCUCACCAACUCCAUCGAGGAGGCCUCGUCACCCGCCUCGGAGCCCGAGCCGGAGCCAGAGCCCCCCCACGAACCCCCUCGCCGGCCGGCCUUCCUGCCCGUGGGCCAGGAUGACACCAACAGCGAGUAUGAGUCCGGGUCCGAGUCGGAGCCGGACCUCAGCGAGGACGCCGACUCGCCCUGGCUGCUCAGCAACCUGGUGAGCCGCAUGAUCUCCCAGGGUUCCUCGCCUAUCCGCUGCCCGGGCCAGUGCCUGUCUCCCUCGCCACGCCAGCCUGGGCCGCCUGGCAGCACCGCUGAGGACUCCCGGGGCCCCGAGGCUGGCACAGGCACAGAUGGCGUGGAGCUGGUGGACAUGGAGACGCUGUGCGCACCACCGCCCCCUGCCCCCGCCGCGCCCCGGCCGGACCCCGCGCAACCGGGGCCCUGCCUCUUCCUGAGCAACCCUACCCACGACACCAUCACGCCGCUGUGGGCCGCCCCGGGCCACGCCACCCGCUCAGGCCGCACCUGCUCAGCCGCCUGCUCCGAGGAGGAGGAUGAGGAAGACGAGGAGGAGGAGGAGGACGAAGACGAUGCCGGGGACCCCGCAGGGCGGCCGGGGGGCCGAGGCACAGGCCCCACGGUGCCGCCACUGGACGCCUCGCUGGUGUACGACGCAGUCAAGUACACGCUGGUGGUGGACGAGCACACGCAGCUGGAGCUGGUGAGCCUGCGGCGCUGCGCCGGCCUGGGCACAGACAGCGAGGACAGCGGCGGCGAGGCCAGCGAGGAGGAGCCGGGGGCUGCGCUGCUGGUUAGCGAUCAGGUGCCCGGGGACGCCUCUCCCGACAGCCCCGACCUCACCUUCUCCAAGAAGUUCCUGAACGUCUUUGUUAACAGCACCUCUCGGUCCUCCAGCACCGAGUCCUUCGGCCUCUUCUCCUGUGUGGUGAACGGGGAGGAGAGAGAGCAGACUCACCGGGCCGUCUUCAGGUUCAUCCCUCGCCACCCGGACGAGCUGGAGCUAGACGUGGACGACCCGGUGCUGGUGGAGGCCGAGGAGGAUGACUUCUGGUUCCGAGGCUUCAACAUGCGCACGGGAGAGCGUGGUGUGUUCCCCGCCUUCUACGCCCACGCGGUGCCGGGCCCUGCCAAAGACCUGCUGGGGAGCAAGCGGAGCCCCUGCUGGGUGGAGCGCUUCGACGUGCAGUUCCUGGGCUCCGUGGAGGUGCCCUGUCACCAAGGCAACGGCAUCCUGUGCGCAGCCAUGCAGAAGAUUGCCACUGCCCGGAAACUGACCGUCCACCUGCGCCCUCCUGCCUCCUGUGACCUUGAGAUCUCUCUGCGAGGGGUCAAGCUGAGUCUGAGUGGAGGAGGGCCUGAGUUCCAGCGCUGCAGCCACUUCUUCCAGAUGAAAAACAUCUCCUUCUGCGGCUGCCACCCCCGCAACAGCUGCUAUUUUGGCUUCAUCACCAAGCACCCGCUGCUGAGCCGCUUCGCCUGCCAUGUCUUUGUCUCACAGGAGUCCAUGAGGCCCGUGGCGCAGAGUGUGGGCCGCGCCUUCCUGGAGUACUACCAGGAGCACCUGGCCUACGCCUGCCCCACGGAGGACAUCUACCUGGAGUAG